GGAGAGCUGGGAAGUGAAUCAGUGGUACAGGCUGAUACAUUAGAUAGGUACAAGGAAGGGUUGGAUGACUUUUUGGCAAGUGAGAAAUCACAGGGUUACUUAAGUAAUUUAAUGGGAAGAAUUUUAGUUCCCAUUCUGGGGCAGUUGAGGAAUGAGACGGGUGUUUUGCCCUCUAUGUAUAGGAAGGCUGGAGGUCUUAUUGUUCCUACAAGGGGCUGGCUCUGUACAUGAGGGACACUGACAUUCGCUCCGGAGGGAAUGACACUGGGAACGACAGGCAAUUGACGGUGCAGCUGAUACACGGGGGGAAUGUCGGAGGAGCUCACACUGGGACUGAUCAUUGGGGGGAGAAGACGUGGGACAGGGGGAGACUGGAGUUGCUGAACAUUCUCUUCUCUCUUACAGACACACACAACUUUAUAUCACAUAUCAAUAUAUAUAUAUAUACUCUGCACAGCAGCCCUUCCACUUCUUUCUCUGCACUUUUACUGUGCCCUCCUGUCUGGCACCAGAACCUACAGACCCACUGGGACACCUUCUCUUCCAACACUGGCAUCACUGCAUUCUGUUCUGAUUGACACUGGCAUCACUGCAUUCUGUUCUGAUUGGCACUGGCAUCACUGCAUUCUGUUCUGAUUGGCACUGGCAUCACUGCAUUCUGUUCUGAUUGACACUGGCAUCACUGCAUUCUGUUCUGAUUGGCACUGGCAUCACUGCAUUCUGUUCUGAUUGGCACUGGCAUCACUGCAUUCUGUUCUGAUUGACACUGGCAUCACUGCAUUCUGUUCUGAUUGGCACUGGCAUCACUGCAUUCUGUUCUGAUUGGCACUGGCAUCACUGCAUUCUGUUCUGAUUGGCACUGGCAUCACUGCAUUCUGUUCUGAUUGGCACUGGCAUCACUGCAUUCUGUUCUGAUUGGCACUGGCAGCACUGCAUUCUGUUCUGAUUGACACUGGUGUCACUGCAUUCUGUUCUGAUUGGCACUGGCAUCACUGCAUUCUGUUCUGAUUGGCACUGGCAUCACUGCAUUCUGUUCUGAUUGGCACUGGACUUGUUGCGUUGUGUUCUGAUUGGCACUGGAUCAAGCUCUCUGUAGCCCCGAACUCACUGCAUUGUGUUCUGGUUGGCACUGGACUCGCUGCAUUUGGUAUGGGAUGCGCAGUGUGGCAGUCGGCACAGGACUGCAUUGUUGCACUGGAUACACAAGUCUGAGUGACGCCGCAGGAUUGGCUGCAAGUGCCACGCGCUGUACAGCCCAGUGAUUCCCAAUUACCAGCCCAGUGGGGAGACGCAGUGAUCGGACUCCUUCCCCCUAUUCCUGCGACUCAGGCUGGUGAUGUGACCCAAAAGCAAAGCAAUGAUGAAUCCUGGGGCUGAUUCCGAAACCCAGCGGCUGGUGCAUCAGGAGAAGACUGGGAGCAGCAUCCGGAUAAAGAGUCUUUUCAAAGGCACCAAAGAUUUGUUCCCAGACUUUCCCUUCCAGAACGGCAGCUCCACAGUGUCCAUUGAGCUGGAGAGACCUGUGCCACGACACUGCCAUGGGGCCUCCCUGUCCUCUGCUGAGACCCAACAGAAGCUGCAGGCUCGGAGGAAGCUCUACUUUGCCUGUGCUGUGUGUUUUAUCUUCAUGAUUGGAGAGAUUGUAGGUGGGUCACUGGCUCACAGCUUGGCCAUCAUGACAGAUGCUGCCCACCUUCUCACAGACCUGGGCAGUAUGUGUGUCAGCAUCUUCUCCCUCUGGGUCUCUACUCGACCACCAACUAAGACUAUGAACUUUGGGUGGCACCGAUCUGAGAUCCUUGGUGCUUUGGCCUCUGUGUUCUCCAUCUGGAUUGUGACCGGGGUGCUGGUGUAUUUGGCCACCGCUCGUAUUAUCAAUAACGAUUAUGAUAUUGACGGCAAUGUCAUGCUGAUUACAUCUGGCUGUGCCGUUGGAGUCAAUGUUAUCAUGGCCUACAUCCUCCACCAGUCCUCGGCCUUCCAUGGCCACAGUCAUGGCUCUGGUUAUGAGAAGAUUGGAGAAAGUCCAUCCAACUCCCUUGCGCUGCAUCUGGGGCCUCAUGGAAACACCAGUGUGAGGGCAGCUUUCAUUCAUGUGAUUGGUGAUCUCCUGCAGAGCAUUGGGGUCAUGGUGGCAGCCAUUGUUAUCUACUUCAAGCCUCAAUAUAAGAUCGCUGAUCCGCUCUGCACCUUCCUCUUCUCUGUCUUUGUCCUUGCGACCACAGUCACCAUACUCCGCGAUGUCUUCUGGGUGUUGAUGGAAGGUGCCCCCCGCAGCAUUGCCUACAACUCAGUAAAGGAGGUUCUGCUUUCCGUGCGAGGGGUCCGUUCCGUGCACAGUCUGCGUCUCUGGGCUCUAACGCUCAGCCAGAAUGCUAUGACCGUUCAUCUGGCUAUAGAUGAAACCAUAGAGUCUGAGCUGGUGGUGAGAGAGGCCACGGAGCUUCUGCAGAGCAAGUUUGAGUUCUCCCACUGCACCAUUCAAGUGGAGAGAUACUUAGAAGAGAUGGAGGAAUGCCAGCAGUGCCAGGACCCCCUGGGCUGAGGGUUAUGUCUUUCUCCAUGAGGACCUUGCCAUAAAUCACCCACAGCAGAACCAGAGAGUGUGGUGCCCUACUGCUAACAACGGCACUGACAAAGGGCAACACCAACACAUGCCCAUCUGGCUGGUCAUCGAGAUCCAUGCUACAUUGCUACAUUUGAUUUAGUGAAGACCAUGAGGACCAUCCUAAGUUCCAGUCCAUCAACAACUCAAGUGCCCUUCGCUGUCCUUCCAGACUCAUUCAGGGGUAUCUUCAGUCUCAUGCUAUGUAUCUACUAGUUCCUCUUGUAUGGAAAUCCAUUAUAGAGCAUGAUGAGAGAUGAAGCUGACCUUGCUGAGCUGCCACACACCAUCAUUCCAUUGGUUAUUUCUGAAGUAGAAGCCACAAUGAGGUAAAACACAAGCGUUGGAGCCAACUCUGAUGUCAUUGUCUCAUCUGUAGUUUCUUUAGGGAAUUGUAGGAUCUGUGAUUAGAGAUGGCGUUGAGAUAAAACUCAAUGUAAGGUAAGAUCGGAGUCAACCUUGUUGUGUUGCACCUUCCAUUGCAGGACUGGGAUUGGGCAUUAAUUAAGGCUUAUAUCCUGGGAUGUCGGUGAAUAAUCAAUUGGCCAACAGAGACUUGCUUCUUCCUGGAUUCAGUAAGGCUGCUGCCAGGGAAGGGAAUUCUGGGAAAUGGAGUCUGUUCUCCUUAUAGGUGCAAUUUGUUUGGGGGGUACCACUUCCUUGCACACACACAUCCAAGUCAUUGGCCCAACAGGGGCACCUUGCACCACAGCUGCAUGAUGGGGCAUUUAGCUCUGCACUGCCCAGUGUUAUUCAUUACUUAUAUUGGCUAUGCCCCCAGUAAUUGGUUUCUCAGGGUCACCCCCCCAGUGAACAUUGGUUUCCCCUAAUAAUGACCCACUGGUGUUGAGUGGCACAAUAGCAGCACAUGGGUGAGAGAUUGGAAUCCCCCAACACAAGGAAUAAAACAUUGUAAAUCAGAGAUGUCCCACCUGGGGAAGCUGGGAGUUGCAGUCCAACAACUGCCGAGGCCCUGUCGGCUGGACAUCCCAUGAUGGAUCCACUGGUACCACCAAGCUCUGUAAUUACCUGUAUGAAGGGGCCCCCUAGGCCCCAUCAGUAAAAUUAUAUAUCACUGUUAGGGGCACCUAAAGCCUGAAAUUAGGCUUCUACAAGUGGUUUUGGGGACCUCCACACAGGCUCAUUGAAAGCAAAUGGCAGUGAUGGCUUGAGAUGCAGAACAUGUGAUGAUACACCAACCUCUGGUCCAUAUCUGGUACCUACCUGUCACAUGACUCAUGUCUCUAACCUCCCCCCAACUCCUGUAUCUUCUCAUCCUCUCUCUCUUGAUCAGUGGUACCAGUAGACAGGGGCAUCUCAGGGUCUGCUGUUGCCUUGAUUCUGCCCCUUGACCCAUCCCCUAGUAUAUCUCUUUUUCAUUUGAGGGGGCUCUAUCACUAGAGCAGAUUCUGGAGAGAAUUUAUCUCCUUUUAUCUGAGGAGGCUUUUUGCUGCCCAACGAGAAUCUGCUGACUGGAGCAGUCCUGCCAAUGGCCACCCAACUCAUGUAGUGCCCCCACACCUACCUCCUACUUCUACCCAACUUAAUGUACCACAGUUGUCACCAACACCCCCUAAUUCUGUACCAGUGGUCACCCUACUCCUGUCCUUCAUCCUCUCAAUGGAACAGCUGAACAACUAUUGCCCUGUGCCCCUCCUCCACCUGAGGCAACAGCCCCAAUGACGCCCCCUUAUCAGUUCUGUGAUUUCUUCUUUGGUAUCAGAGUGGGGGGGGGCUGCAUCGCUAUUGCACUCCCUGAACCAAAUCUCUAUUUUAUAAAAAACAGAUAUAAACUCUUAUAGUUACCAGAGGCUUUUGUAACCGGUCACUAACUGCCACCUGAGCUUUCUCACUUUGCCUCAUGGAAGGAUUGGCCCCUCCCUCUCUAUAGCUGAAGCAACUGCCAUCAGAUUUGUACCAUCCUACACAUUCAAUUUCAAUAACUGCCCCCCAUCUAUGUUCCACCCUCAAACCUGCUCAUAACAAAUGCCCCUUGUCCUCUCCACUGUCAUCAAUAGCCGCCCAACUCUUGCUCAGCUCUAAUUAUUUACCCUGCUGUGCCCAUCAUUGGCUUUACCCCUUCAUCUCAAGCCCUACAUACCCCCCCCUAUAACUCAAGAUGCCCCAUGGUCUGCCCCUCUGGUUCUCUGCCCCACAGCAGCUUCGGCCGACAUUCCAAAGUGAUGCGUCAGUGACAUCAUAACGUGAUCAUAACCCUCUGACUCGCUGUCGUCUUGUGAGAUCCUGUCCGUGUGUCUGGUGUUUGUCUGUCAGAGCCGGGCUACCAGUCAUGUGACUUGGCAUUAAACAGUUUGGGGACCUCUCCAAUUGCUCUUCCCUUGCCGAGUGGAUCACAGAGACCUUGUGUGGUACCAGCAGGUGCAAUGGUGCAGUACAAAUCCAGAAAGGCCCCCUAUGCACCCCAAGAACAAGGUAGGACCGGGAAUGUGGCCCCUCUCUUGUUGUAAGGGUAGAGAGUUGCUGCAUUUGAGGAAAGAAUUCAUUAUAUGGGACCCCCUCGCUUCUAUAAUGAGGGACAUAUACAAACCGAAAUGUCCCAUUCCCCCCUGGACCUGGCUGCCCCCCAACUGUCACUCAAUGGACUGAUCUGCACCGCUGCCCGUGUGUUGGUUCUAUUGUGUCGUCCUGUAAUGUGUGUAAUUGGUCCCAGGCAUGUACAACUAUGUAUUGUCUUUAUACUGGAGUUGUGGCCCCUAAUGUACCAAACAAUCCCCCCGUGCCGUGUUUGUGACCCAGUCAUGUGGUUCUGUGACGUUAAGUGUAAGCUCUUCUGCCGCUUGUCUUUCCUUGGCCCAGAGUCCAGCACCAGUGGCUACAGGGAGAAUGAAGGGGUCACACUGCUCAUCUGGGCCCUAGAACAGGCACUUCAUUGGCCUCUAAUGGGGGGUCCAUGUGGGUUCUGCUCCCCAAAUUAACAAUCCCACACAAGAUUCUGCUUUUAUGGCCACUGACCCACAAAAAAUAUUAAAGGGAAAAAAAGCCAAGGGCAUUGUGUGUGGGUUUCAUUCAGACUCUGCCCUCCCCCCAUUAGACAAAUCCCUGCCCCUGCGGAGCAGCUGGAAAUGGGAAGGACUAAUACAGGAAGAGGAGGAGCUAAAUGAGUCAAUGUGCCCCUGUAUUACUGCUGCUACCGGCCUCACACUGGGCACAUUCAUGAUCCAUUGAUGUUUCAUGUAACCAGUUGUGUUGUUCUGGGUGUGUCGUGUGUGGAUUUUGUGCGUUUGUAUCUGUGUCUGGUCUUUUUAAUAAAGUCCCUUAAAAUACA